GAGCGUCAGACAGAUAUGGAAUGUCAUGCAAGUAAUAGACGUGUGUUGAGUCAUUUUCGCCUUUCUGUGGCAGAAAGUAUUUACCUUGUUCAAGGACAGAUGCCAGCAUUUUAAUUAUGCGCUGCUGCAUGAGUUCUGUGUCAGAAAUUCUAUGUGGGAAUCUUCCGUUAUGAAUCCGUGGUUGGCCUUAAGUGGUGUGAGUCAUUAGACACUGAAAAUCUCUGAGGGACGUCGGUCAGUUUGACAACAUUCAGGUCGGUCUAAAUGGAUCUCCCGGAAGAAGUUCUUGCUUAUAUAUUCUCCUUUCUGCCUAUGCGAGACAGGUAUAACGCUUUCACAGUGUGCAAAGCAUGGUCUCGCUCCAUGAUAUAUUCCAGCGUUUGGAAAUAUACUGAAGUGAGGUGUGAGGGUGGUGUUGAUAUCCUUCAGACUUUUUCUGCUUAUCUGCCGUUAAUCACAAAAUUGAGACUGUGCGUGGGUCUGGAAGAUCCAGCCAAUCGCAGUUCAGCACUGUGUGCACUACAGCAAGCAGUUGCAAAAGGAGAGGGGCAGCUGAGGGCACUGUGUGUUGAUUGUACAGGCAACGCGCGUCUCUUUGAUGCGGGUCAGGACUUGCUGAAGGGACUGGUGGAUACACUGGCAUACAGGCCUUUGCUGACAGUACUAGACCUCAGGGGUGUACCUUUCACUCUAAAUGAUAACUUUGUCCGAAGUGUGGCCAAGUCUUGCCCGAAAUUACAUGGCCUGUUCAUUAAUAACCCAUCACUGGUGUGUGGGGUUACUACGGAAACUAUGAGAGAGGUGCUGAACCUUUGCCCAGGCAUCAUUGCUCUGGGAGUGUUUCACGCUAGCCUCUCGCCAGCUGUCAUAGGGGAUCUGUUGUUACCCGGGAGGCCAUCACUACAGCAACUGGAACUGCGCUGUGAACGCUCACUGAAGUACACUCCUCCUUUGGGUGAUGAGAUAUGGGUAGAGUUGAGGUACAGACAUCCCAACCUGUGGGUGGAGCUAGUGCUUGACCACACCCUUCCAGAGCUCCGUGUCCCACUGGUGCUGCUGCCGAGCAUUCCUGUCAGACACCUGCGUCUACUCACAUGGACACUCCUCCUGGAUGAAAUAAACCUUGUAGGGUCUAGUUAUGCAAAUACUCUAGAGACACUGGAACUACAAACUCCUGCUUCUCGGGAGCUGAACUCUGCCUUGGUCACUUUGGCGACACAGUGUGUGAAUCUCAAGGAGGUGCAUUGUUAUUGUGUGGUCUCACAGGAGGUCAUAACUGCAUUUCGUGAAAACUGCUGUCUUCUGCAGAGAUACACCCUGAAAACACACAAAGAGCCACAUCCCUGGACCUGCACUAUACUGAAAUGAUACAGCCAAAUUUACCUAUGCAUACAAUGGGCUUCACUCUAAACUAUGAUUCAGCCAAACUGACUUAUG